AUGCUUCCUUCUGGACCGCCGCCAGGACAGGUGUGGUCGCAGCAGGCAGCCUCGGCUCAGUGUCAUCCUCAACAAGUGAUGACACCACCGCCUGUGGCGCCCUGCUCACCGCCACCGCCGCAUUCAUUGGCAAUGGUUCCUGCUUCCGGUGGCACGAUGGCGAUGCCAAAGCCUAUGGCAGCUGCAGAACUAGCUCCUCCUCCGUUUGGAGGAGUGGCUAAUCAAACCCUUGAACAACUUGUGGGCAUGUUGCAGGCAGCCAACGCCAAAGGUGGGCAGAAGCGUACUCAAUCUGUCCCAAAUCGCCAGAAAGCGCUCAGUGGAGGUCAUGGCAGUCAAGAUCCGCCAAAUCCAAAGCGGCCCAGGCAAUGCAACAGUGCCAGAUUCUCGUCUGGAUGGACAACAGUCGCAGACUUGAGUUUGUUUGAUCUUAGAAACGCCCUUGGGGUUGUGAACCCCAUUGAGUGCAAUCUCAUGAUCAUGGACAAGUAUGACCAUGGCGACACCUCUUUGAUCUUCCAGUAUGCGCUUGGACUGCACGGCAACUCCAAGUUGAAUUGCACAGAACGCUCAAGUUGGCUUCAGAUGGUGGGUGCCGAGCAUACACGUCGGCAGAAAGCUGGUGUUGAGUGCAUUGAUGGGAGCAUGACACUGGAUGCCAUUGUGUCAACUAUGAAGCAACGAAAGGCAGAAGCAAUGAGGCUUGAACAGGCAUCUGCUCCGACCAUUGUGAAUACGCCUGAUGGUUCAGCUUCAGCGGUGUCCUGGAACAACAAGACCAAGUGGCUUCCUCCCAACCCAAGUCCUGCGCAUAGAUGGCAGCUGGCACAUGAUCCGCGCCGUGUUUUGAAUUAG